AAGAUGAACCUUGCUCCAAAACAUGGCAACAUUCAUUUAACCGUCCGCAACUAACGUUGCUGAGCUGGCAUUAUGGAUGUACAAAUAUACUAUAUAUUCUGAUGCUCUCAAUAUCUCACCGUACGUGCAUCUGCAAUUCCAGAGCGAGAGAGAGAUAGAGAGAGAUGGAGAACGGAGAAUGCAACGGCGGCACGGCGGCGAGGUCGCCGGCGAUCAAGUUCACGAAGCUUUUCAUCAACGGCAACUUCUGCGACGCCGUUUCAGGGAAAACAUUCGAGACGAUCGAUCCGAGGAACGAGGAAGUGAUCGCCAUGAUCGCAGAGGGAGACAAAGAAGACGUUGACUUGGCCGUCAAAGCUGCUCGCUUCGCCUUUGACCAUGGACCUUGGCCUCGAAUGACCGGAUCCGAGAGGGCAAGAUUGAUGCACAAAUUCGCGGAUUUGAUAGACCAGAACAUCGAGGAAUUGGCGUUUUUGGAUGCUGUGGAUGCCGGAAAACUCUUCGGAACGGGAAAAAUGGUGGAUAUUCCGGCGGUUUCGGCUCGGUUUAGGUACUACGCCGGUGCGGCGGAUAAGAUCCACGGUGAAGUUCUGAAGAUGACUCGUCCUUGUUUGUUCGGAUACACUCUCAAAGAGCCGAUUGGAGUGGUCGGAAUCAUCACCCCGUGGAAUUUCCCGAGCGCAAACUUCGCCAUGAAAGUGGCUCCUGCCUUGGCCGCAGGUUGCACCAUGGUGGUCAAGCCUGCGGAACAGUCUCCCCUCUCGGCUCUGUUCUAUGCUAACCUCGCUAAUCAAGCGGGGAUUCCUGAUGGUGUGAUCAACGUUGUUACCGGGUUUGGUCCGACAGCCGGAGCUGCAAUUGCUUCCCACAUGGACAUAGACAAGGUUAGCUUCACGGGAUCGACGGAAGUCGGCAGGAAGAUAAUGCAGGCGGCUGCGGCUAGUAAUUUGAAGGACGUCUCGCUCGAAUUAGGUGGGAAAUCGCCUCUUUUGAUAUUUGACGAUGCUGAUAUCGACAGAGCUGCAAAUCUCGCCCUCGUCGGUAACUUCUACAACAAGGGAGAGGUUUGCGUGGCGAGCUCUCGAGUCUUCGUCCAAGAAGGUGUAUACGAUUCAUUUGUGAAGAAGUUAGUCGAGAAGGCGAGAGAUUGGACCGUCGGUGACACUUUUGAUCCAACUGCUCGUCAAGGACCACAAGUGGAUAAGCGACAAUUCGAGAAGAUCCUCUCUUACAUCGAUCACGGUAAGCGAGAAGGAGCGACACUGGUAAGCGGCGGCAAUGCCAUAGGCGACAAAGGAUACUUCAUCGAGCCGACGAUCUUCGCUGAUGUCACGGAUGAUAUGAAGAUAUACCAAGACGAAAUAUUUGGCCCGGUCAUGUCUCUGAUGAAGUUCAAGACGGUGGAAGAAGGGAUCGAAAUGGCGAACAACACGAGGUACGGGUUGGCAGCGGGGAUCGUGAGCAAGAACAUAGAUUUGGUGAACAGGGUUUCGAGGUCGAUAAGGGCGGGUGCGAUAUGGGUGAACUGCUACUACGGGUUCGACGCGGACUGUCCCUUCGGCGGCUACAAGAUGAGUGGCAUCGGCCAAGACAGCGGCUUGGAGGCUCUCCACAGUUACCUUCACGUCAAAUCCGUAGUCACCCCUCUUCACAACUCCCCUUGGCUGUGAACCUCAUCCCUUCACCAAUAAGGGUUUUCUUCUCUUGCAUUAUCCUCCACUUUUCUUUAAAUCGUUCCGUGGAAUGUAAUUCCAUACAAAUACAAUUAAAAUAAAUGACAAGUGAAGGAUUUGAGCAAGAAAUCCCAAGUAGUGCAAGAUCAAUCAAGAACAGCAAUACCAGUUUUUCAAGGGAUGUGUCUCUCUCUGUUCAUGAAGAUGUAGUUUCCGAUCUGAACUCUUCUUCAAUGCCCGUAUCGGAGCGGAGGUUCACCACCAAGGUACCGUGCCCGCGGUCUCUCGCCCAGAUCUUUCCGAAAAUAUCGAAAAGUCGUGACCUUUUCCAGCGUCUGCAACAGGCGAAAGAGAAGAGUAGACUAACAUAAACACUGCUCAAUCCUCAAAAGAAACCAGAGAUUCCAAGGGUUAUAACCUGAAAUCCCAGAAUCUUUUGAGAGCUUCUGUCAAUCAAUUACAUAAUGAUUCAACUUCAUGGACAGAAUCAUUGCACAUAAGAGAUCGA